ACAAUUGAACAGAAAGUGAAAGUAAAGUUCAGACUGCUGGAGCUAGAACAGAGAAAAUGGCUUCUCUACAUGUGUCUGCUGAAGAGCUCUCUUGUCCUGUGUGCUGUGAAAUCUUCAAGACUCCUGUUCUUCUGUCAUGUAGUCACAGUGUCUGUAAAGAGUGUCUUCAUCAGUUCUGGAGAGUCAAGAAAACUCAGGAGUGUCCUGUCUGUAGGAGAACAUCCUCAAAACUUGACCCUCCAGUUAAUCUUGUGUUACAAAACCUGUGUGAGUCGUUCCUGAAGGAGAGAAAAGAGAGCCGUUCAUCAGGAUCUGAGGAGAUCUGUAUCUUACACAAUGAGAAACUCAAACUCUUCUGUGUGGAGGACAAACAGCCGGUUUGUGUGGAGUGUGUUACUUCACAACAACACCACAAUCACACAUUCAGACCCAUCAGUGAAGCUGUUCCAUCACAAAAGAACAAAAAUGAUCUGAUAAAGAAAAGCAUCUUAAUUAAAGAUGGAAAUCCUGCUCGAUACCGUCUGCAAACAAGGACAGACAAUUUGGAUCAAUCUGAACCAUAUAGAAAAAUGACCUUUGGAGAGAGACAUAGACACAAACCCCAUAAAACCAUUCUGCUGUUGGGAGAAACAGGAACAGGAAAAACAACCCUGAUCAAUACAAUGAUCAACUACAUGUUGGGUGUUCAGAGAGAAGACAAGGUUUGGUUUGAGAUCACAGAUGAUCAGAGCGACUGAACACAAGUUCACAGUCAGACCUCCAGCAUCACUGUUUAUGAGUUUUAUCUACACGAGAGUCCAAUCCAUUUAACAAUCAUCGACACUCCAGGAUAUGGAGACAUGCACGGAAUCAGUCCUGAUGAAGAGAUCGCUGAGAGUUUGCUCAGUUUAAGUGAAUCUGCAGAAGGGAUUCAUAAAAUAGAUGCAGUGUGUCUGGUGAUUAAAGCAACCCAAAACCGUCUCUUUGGCAGACAACAAUACAUGUUUGAUGCUGUUCAGUCUUUAUUUGGAAGAGAUAUUGCUGAAAACAUCAUCUUACUCUUCACACACUCAACUGGAGCUCCACCUAAAAAUGCUCUGACGGCUGUUAAAGAGGCUAACAUCAAGUGUGCGUUAAAUCAGCAGAAUGAGCCAGUGUAUUUCCUGUUCGACAACUGCCAGACAGAACCUGCUGAUGAAGAAUAUGAAAUGAUACAAGAACAUGCAUGGAAUCUCAGUUUCAGAGGAAUGACAGGAUUGAUCAAGUUUAUUGAAAGCAUAAAACCCAAAUUCUUGAAGAUGACUCGAGAUGUACUGCAGCAACAGAAGCAGCUGGAGGCAAAUAUCUCUACUCUGAAAUCGGCAGCUCAAACGAUGGAACUGAAGCAGAAUGAGCUGAAACAAACUCAAGCAGCUGUGGAGAAGAACAAGAAAGAUGUCGAAGAAAACAACAACUUUGAGUAUGAAGUUGAUGUGGUCUACAAAGAACAGGUUGAUAUUGAUCCUGCUGUAGCCAGCGCGGCGAUGUGCUGCACCGUCUGUGAGGAGAACUGUCAUUAUCCAGGAUGCUGGUGGGUCAGUGAUCUCUCGUGGUGUGAAGUGAUGAGAAAUAAUCACUGUACAGUGUGCACUAAUAAAUGCCACUACAGUAACCACGUCAGAGAAGCAAAAAUAUAUGUAACAAAGACAAAGAAGGAGACGAGGGCAUAUGAAGAUUUAAAGAAGAAAUAUGACGGUAAGAUUAGUGAUUGUGAGUCUUCGGUUAAGAAACUGAAAAAAGAACUGCAAGAAUUACAGAAAGAGGAAAUCAAGCUGGUGCUCAAUGCUUUUCACUCUGUGGAUGCUCUGCAGAUGGUCGCACUCAACACUGAUUCACUGAUCAUACUUCAGCAUGUUGAUUAUCUGAUUGAGACGCUGAAAAAAAUCAAUGAGUCUGAAAAGGCCAAAACACUGGAAGACAUCAAGAAGAGAGCAGGAGAAAAACAAAGAGCACUUGAAUACUUAAGAUAUUCUAUUAAAAAAUAAACAAAAACAAUAAAUAAUCAUAUCUCAGAUACACAAACCCUGAUGAAACUCUCAAAACAGGAUCCUGACAUUUUUCUGCUUCUUUCAAAAACAUGUCUUUCAUAAGAUGUAAUCAUAUUAUCAUUGAAUGUAUUUAUUAAUCUAACAUUUUUCCGUCACAUAUGCUCUAUGUAUAUCAUACAGCACUGGAUGUGCUUUGGAUGAACAGCAUAUGCUAAUUGAACUGAUGUAAAAUACUACAGUGAUUACUGUAAUUCCUGCUGGAAUACAGCACAAACAGCAUAAAACAGUUUAUACAGUAAAAUACAAUUGUAAAAGAAACAAAUAACCAGAAAAUGUAUAUGUAAUGUAAAAUGAUGUACAUGUCAUCAUGGUCACUAAGAGAUUUAGACAUUUUUAACUGUAUUAUUAAGCACUGCCCUCUAGAGGACAUAUGAGAAAAUUUAGCAUAUUCUUCAGGUGAAGAAACAUUUCCAUAUUUAUGAAGAAAAAGUGAUAAAAAUCUGAGACAGUCACGAAAGUUCUUCUGGACUGUCCUGUUCAUCUUCUAUGAUAUUUGUGAGCCUUACAUGUUUAUUGCUUUAUGCUUUUUCUUUGAAAUAAUACUAAAAUUUUAGAAAAUAUGCAGUGUAAAUAAGAAAUGCUUUUACUUGUAUCUUACUUAAAUAAAUAAAGCCAUUUAAUUUUUCCUAGAA